AUGCUGAACGACAUUAAGAUAGAGGACCGUCUGCGGACUGAUGCGAGCUGUCUGGACGUUCUUAACGGUGCUGACUCCCCCCAGCAGGCCGUGUGCGAGGGCUGCACGCGGAUCAUCUCGGACCGCUUCCUGAUGCGGGUCAACGACGCGUCCUGGCACGAGGACUGCCUGCAGUGCGCCGCGUGCCAGCAGCCGCUCACCGCCACCUGCUACUGCAGAGAGUCCAGACUGUACUGCAGGGCCGACUACCAGCGGCUGUUUGCCACCAAGUGCAGUGGCUGUCUGGAGAAGAUAGCACCCACAGAGUUUGUAAUGCGAGCUCUGGAGAGCGUUUACCACCUUAGCUGCUUCUGCUGCUGCGUCUGUGAGCGCCAGCUGUGCAAAGGAGACGAGUUUGUUCUGAAAGAGGGUCAGCUGCUGUGCAAGAGUGACUAUGAGAGGGAGAAGGACCUGCUCAGCACAGUCAGUCUAGACAACUCCAACUCAGGUAAGACUGGGUAUUCUAUAGCAGACUGUUGCAAACAGUGA